UACAAAGAGAACAGUUUUUGAUAUAAUUCAAAGUUUUAAAUUGCAAAUAUUAAAACUUAUUCCAAGUAGAAAGUUUUGUUCAGAUUCCAAUAGCAAGUUUAGAUUAAUGUUCUGCAUUUAAAAAUAUAAUUCUGAAACUGGAAUUUAAGUAUUAUGGAGUUCAAGGAUUAAAAGUUUAAAACUUAAAGGGUGUUCUUGUAGAUUUGUUUAGAUUUCAUUCAGGAAUUGCAUGAAUUGCACUGUGACGUUUUGUAUAAAAUAUUUCAGGAUUCUUUAUUUAUUAAAUAGUAAUUGCAUCCAAUAUUGUUAAGAAGUAUUUUAUCUUAUAAAUCUUUAAUUUAUUCUUUCAGAGAAAAAAUGCAGAUGAAAACAUCAAUAUAUAUUAUUAUUCUUAUAUUGUCGUUGUCAUCGUAUUCCAUUUGUCAAAUGUGCCGUAAUCAAGAAUCUCUUAUGGCUCCUACUGUAAUGGUAGCUAUACUUGCAAGAAAUAAAGAACAUACUUUACCACAUUUUCUUGGUUAUUUAGAAAGAUUAAAUUAUCCAAAGCAUAGAAUGUCUCUUUGGAUUAGGAGUGAUCAUAACAUCGAUAAAACUGCAGAAAUGUUACAAAUGUGGGUUGCCAAAGAAAGAAACAAAUAUCAUAAAGUUGAUAUAGAAAUUGAUGAAACAACAGAUUUUUUUUCUGAUGAAGACGGAGUGUUUGAUUGGUCUCCGCAACACUUCGCUCAUGUUAUUCAGCUUCGGGAGACUGCUCUAGAAACAGCAAGGCAGUCUUGGGCCGAUUAUCUGUUUUUUAUUGAUUGUGAUGCUUUUAUUGUAAAUAACGAGACACUAAAUGAAUUAAUUGCUCAACAGAAGACAAUUGUUGCACCAAUGUUGGAGUCUUUAGGUGCUUAUUCUAAUUAUUGGUGUGGAAUGACUAGUGAUGGUUAUUAUAAAAGAACUAAAGACUAUAUGCCUAUUUUAGAAAGAGAAAAAAUAGGAUGCUUUGACGUCCCUAUGGUACAUUCGGCUGUUCUAAUAAAUCUCCGACAUAAGCAGUCUCUAAAACUUACUUAUGACCUAGCCAAGUUAGUUAAUUACACUGGUCCAAUAGAUGAUAUCAUAAUAUUUGCAAAUUCAGCUAAACAUGCUUGUGUGCCAAUGAAUAUUCUAAAUAAAGAAGCUUAUGGUUAUAUUCUAGCACCGUUAGAAAAUGAAAAUACUUUAAAAGACGACAUUGAUCAACUAAUUAAUUUACGAUUAGAAGUGAUGGUCGAAGAUCCUCCAUUAUAUGUUUCUCCUCAUUUACGUUAUUACGUUCCCGAGAAAAAGAAAAGUAAAUUGGGAUUCGACGAAGUUUAUUUAAUUAAUCUGAAGCGACGUACCGAAAGAAGAGAGAGGAUGUUGAGAUCUUUAAAUGAAUUGGGAAUUGAAACAAAACUUUUAGAUGCUGUUGAUGGAAAACAAUUAAAUCAUUCAAUUAUUAAAGAAAUGGGAAUAAAGAUGCUUCCAGAAUAUACAGAUCCAUAUCAUAAAAGACCUAUGACAAUGGGAGAAAUAGGUUGUUUUCUCAGUCAUUAUAAAAUCUGGGAAGAAAUUGUUAAAAAGCAGUAUCGAAGUGCUAUUAUAUUUGAAGAUGACAUUCGCUUUGAAUCUUACUUCCGCCGGAAACUUUCAAAUUUAUUGAAGGAAGCAAGAGGUAUUAGUCUGCAAUGGGAUCUUAUAUAUUUGGGGCGAAAAAGACUUUUGGAUGACCAAGAACCUUAUAUAGAAGGAACCACUACACUUGUUCGUGUAGCUUAUUCAUAUUGGACAUUAUGUUAUAUGAUAACAUUAGAAGGUGCAAGAAAACUUAUUGCAGGUGAUCCACUCUCAAAAUUAGUUCCUGUUGAUGAAUAUCUUCCCAUAAUGUUUAACAGGCAUCCAGAAACAGUUUGGAAAAGUUAUUAUCCUGAAAGAAAUUUAAGAGCAUACUCAGCACAUCCAUUACUCGUAUAUCCCACGCAUUAUACUGGCGAAGAUAAAUACAUCAGUGACACAGAAGAUUCUGAAGUAUUAAGUUUAAUGAGAGAUGAAUUGUGACAUUUUUUUUUACAUAAUUGUUAAUUCUAUCUAUAUUGACUAAAAAUUAUUUGUAAUGGUUCUUAUGUCCAGUUUUACAUUUAAAUGCAGCUAUUGUGUUCAAACAAAUUAUUCAAUAGAUUGUUUUAUCCAUUUGCCAUAAGAAUAUUUCUAUAAUAUAAUUUUAAUUUUUAAAAUUUUAUUUAAAAGUCUAUAAAUUGUAUAUCUAGUCAAACGUAUAAUCCUACAAUGUUUGGUAACAAAUGGUUUAUCAAUAUUUCUAUGAUGAUGUACUAAAGUCUAAUACCAAUCCUUUCAUAGCAUAUUUACAUUUGCCACACUUAUAGGAUGCAAAUCUGGUUCGGAUACUAAUUUGGAAAGCUUAAUGUAAUUUAUGUUAAUACUUUAUAUGCUGAUAAGAAACAGGACCAGUAUAAGAAGACCAACUGGAUUCACAAACAGUUAAACUGAAUUUAGAUUUAUUACUGGAAACAGAACCAAUUUAAAGAUAUAAACAAACUAAUUUCUUGUUAGAUACUUUUGUUACUUUAAUCAUUAAUUCAAAGUUAUAGCUUUUCACUUUUUUAUCCUAAUUGUUUAAAAAUAUCUUUAAUUUCUAAUCUGAAAUUAAUUUAAUAGUUUUUCGAACAUAUUUGCAGAAAGCGUUUAAUGAACAAAAAUGUUCUUUUUGAUUUCUAAAAGCAAGUUUUGUUUUAUUUCUGUUUAUUUGUGA